AGGAGGCCCAGGUCUCGCUGGCCCAGAAUGGUGCUGGUACCUCCUGCCAGGACCUGGUGCUCGUGCUAGCCAGACGGCUCGAAGAGGCCGACGCCUACUUUGCACGCCAGCUGAAGGAGGGCACAAAGCAGGAAAUUUCCUCCCUGGGCGAGAGGAGGAUGGUCCUGAGGGGGGCUCUGCAGGAGGUCCGGGACUCAGUGGAGAGGCAGGGGCUGAAAGAGCCCACGUUGCCUGCCCUGCAGCGCAGCAUGCAUGCCCUGGCUGGCGCAGAUGAGCGUCUGGCUGCGCAACGCGCUGAGCUGCAGGGUCUGCGAGAGGCAACUGCGCAGUUGGACCCCAAAAUCAGCCGAGGAGACCCCACAGGGGAGCUGGAGGCGUUGUGGGAGGAGACACACAGAACUGUGACUGAGAGGAGGGAGCAGUACCGUGCACUCAGUGAGCUGCUGAAGAAGUUCCAGGGCUGCCGCGGUAACCUGCAAAGCACCCUACGGCAAGCGGAGCAGACCAUCGGCGUGCAGGCCUCCUACAUGAGCAAGGACAACCUGCAGUGCCUCAUCACCAAGGUCCAAGGGAUAAAGGAAGACCUGGCAGGCCUUAGAGAGGGGGUGGAUGAAAUGCGGGGGGUGCGCGGGCAGCUGCAGUCCCAGCUGAGGGCAUUCCCAGACUGCGACAUCGUUCCCUUUGAGAGCGAGGCAGACGACCUGGUGGAUCGCUGGCUGGAUGUGACUGAGAAGACAGACUCACACUUGGACAACCUGCGUUUGGGCCUGGCUCUUUGGGAAAAGCUCCUGCAGCUGGGCAGAGAGAUUGAGAGCUGGACUGGGGAAAAGAUGGCCUUGCUUGCAGAGGGACACCCAUUUCACAGCGAACGGGACGUCCAGGCCUUUCAGGACGAGAUCUGCAGGCAGGAGGAGAACAUUGAGCACUUCCACCGGCGGUCAGAUGAGAUCCAGGGGAUGCUGCAGAGCAAAGAGUCCCCAUUGGACCUGCAGGUGAUGGAGACACAGCUGAGAAAUAAGAUGGAGCAGGUGAAGGAGCUCUUCUCCGAGAGCAGCUCCAUCUUCCAGGACGUGAGAGCAGCCAGGGAUUGCGUUGCCCAGAGAAUGGAGGCGUGCCAGUCUGCCCUGCGGGACAUCCAAUCCUCACUGAGCAUGCUCGAUACAUCCCAGACCCCACCACCGCUCCCCCACAUCCAGGGGUUGUCUGCGCAGCUGCAGUCGCGGGUAGAGCAGACAAAUUUGGUCAUGGAGGAGGUACGGCUCCUGUCGGGAAUGGCCAGCCCGCAGGCUCUGGAGUCACUGGUUGCGGAGGGCCUCCGUCUGAAGGAGGGCAUCCGCUCCACCCAGGAUCUGAUCGGCCGGAAGAGAGCGGAGGCAGAAAAAGGCCUCCUCAAGAUGGAGACUGUCAGCCAAAGCCAGACCAGAGGUGGCCAACAGGAGGCGCUGGUACCACCAGCUGGUGGUAGUGCAGUUUUGAAAGAAGAAGCCUCCCCUUGUGAAGAAGGCUUUCCGGUUGAGGGAGGAGCCUCGAUGACAUCCGAGCGUGUCCAAGGGCCGAAGGCCGACGAUCAGCACAGUAGGACAGGAAAGGCCGUGGUUAGCGCGAAACCAGGCUCGAGUAGGAAGCAGUCCGGGAGACUGGACUCUGGUGCUCAGCUCGGUGUGACCCCGCAGUCUGACACUCAAAAGGACAGGAAGGAGGUUACAAAGAAGGCAGGUACUGAGCUGCAGCAUGUCACUCACGAAGUUACCGUCUGCAAGGACUACGCUAUGAGGGCAAGCACAGGAAAAGAUGACCGUGAGGACAUGGGGACGAACACACAAGGCACCGGUGCAAGCGUUUGUGAGAAAAAAGUGGUCUCAAUUCUUCUGGACGUUGAUCGACAAUGGACAGCCACUCCGUCUAGCAAGCUACUGCCUCAGGAGAGCAAGGGGGGCAGUUUCACCGAGAGCUCUGGUGAUGUACAACUUGCCAUGAUCUCAGGAGCAAAGCAAAGGGAGAGCAGCAAAACUGAACGUGUGGAUUCGGGGCCUGGCGAACACACUGGAUCAGCUUCUGCAGAAACUGCGGCAGGAAAGGCCCCGUCUGUCAGAACUGAGACUCAGCACGCUGAGCCAGAGCUUCAGGGAACGACUGAGACCCUGCAGCCCCGGAGCACAGCGGUGGCUCUAGUCCUGGAUACCAAUGCUCUUCACAUCCAUACCCCUGAGGCAGGCCCGUCCCCCCAUGCAGACGUCCUGCGAAUCCUCUCGUCGGGGGGAGCGGAUAUUCCGGCCGCUGAAAAGCACGCAGACGCACAGCGGGCACCGGACACCGUGGCACAAACCAGCCCACCCGCUAACCUACGUGUGAAACUCACUGGAACUCCUGAGACGCAUGGAGAGUCACAGUCCAGUGAUGCAGCCUGCCUUGAGGAGGUACCGGAGGACACCGCCAGGACAGAUCCAACCCGGCUUCAGGAAGCGCAAGCUCACACUUCUCAAAACCAGCCCAGUCAGACCCUGUGGACUGAAGCCACUGGUCCUGACAAAAAGAAGAGAGCAGAGCAUUCUGGGAGUUUGGGGCAGCCUGACAGAAUUAUUUCAGCCCAGAAAAGAGUGGAACGUGGUGCGGAGGGUCCAUUUCCCGAGGGACACAGGCAGCUCACGGUCGAGGUCAAGGCCACCUUCAUACCCAGCCCACGAGGACAAGACCGGUCUCAGGACCUGCUCAGUGGGUCCUCCGGGCUGGAUACCUUCACUCAGGUCCAGAACCUGCCAGAAUCUAUGAGCCACAUCACUGAGAUGAAGAGAGCCACAGCCAGGCUGGACCAGAUUCAGAAAGAGCUUCCAGAUUGUUCUGAGAAGAAGAUCUCUCUGGAUGAGCUGCAAAGCAUGCUGGGAAGGAUGAAACAGUGUCAGCACCAGCUUGAGACUGAGAGCCACACGUUGGCUGCCCUAGAGAGAAGUGUCUCGCGCCUCCUGGAUGACCCCACCCAUCAAGGACAGGCCGCACCCUUCAAACUCUGUCAGCAGCUGCAAGCCAUGCAGGACCGCUGCAAGAAGCUGAGAGAGAAGUGCAUGCUGGACCAGCAGACGAUGCGCUCUGAGGUUCAAGAGCGGGAACAGGCGCAGAAGGAGAUUCGAGCUGUGAGGGAGCGGCUGGUCACCAUGGCAGCCAUGCUAUCUAAGCAGGGGCAGCGCCCCAGCACCCGGAAAGUACUGGAGGCCCGGAAAGACUUGGACUCCCAGAAUGCUGUGCUACAGAGCAUCACCAGUGGCCUGAAAAAUAAGUACUUAGACAAGCUGGUGCCCACAGAGCUGGAGACUCCUCUUCAAGAGGCGAGGGUGUUGCUGAAGGAGCUUCAGGGGAAGGCAGAGAAGAUGGUGGAGAAGAGCAGCACUCUGUCCAAGCUGAGCUGCAAGGUGACAGAGGUGAUGGAGGGGCUGCAGGCCGUGCAGGAUCUGCUGCAGCAGAAGAGUCCCUCAUUGACCGAGGCCCAGUACACACAGAAGUGUGUGUGGGACAAACUGGACAGGUGGCAUGCCUACUUGGCGGAGUUGGAGGGAGAGGUGCAAGAUAUUUCGGAGGAGCAGCCGGAGCAAGCCCAGUUCCUGAUGGACAAACUUAUGGAGCCACUGCAGCUGUAUCAGGAUGUAGCCAAGCAGGCAGAGCAGCGAACUGCCUUCCUUAGCAAGGUGCCCACCCUCCUGCAGGAGUAUGAAGAAAUGAUUGGGAGCUCCAACAGGUGGCUGAGAGAGGCACAGUCUUGGUUGGACACACCCAUAAUCUACAAAACUGCCAAGUGUCUUAGUAGCUACGCCCAAGGCCUGCAGGCAGUCCUGGAUGACUCAGAGCAGAUGAGGCGGGGCCUGCAGGGCUUUGUCUCGACGCUGCAGGAGAUCAGCAACGUGUGCAACAUCGCUUCUUCGCAGGAAAAGCUGCUCCAGACAGACCAACGCAUGGCUGGCAUGCAGCAGGCCAUCACGGGACCACUGUCUCGACACCAGUAUGCCACAUCGGAGGUGGAAGCCAUGGAGAGGGAAGUGAAGCUGAUGGAGGGAAAUGUUACCAAAAUUAAGAGCAUUUUGUCCUCUAUCGACACAACCUCAAUCUCACCUGAGGAACACCUGAUGAACCGGCAGGUGAUCUUGGACAACAUUCAGUCAAUGAAGAGUACAAUCGCUGAGAUUCAGAGGUGCAGAUCUGAGCUGGAGCUUCCUAAGGAAGCCAGCAAAAGCCUGUCCGUCUUCCACAGGACUCUCCAGCUCCUACAGCCCAUCCAGGACCUGGAACAGCUGACGCAAGAACAGAGUGCCACCUUGCAGGCUGCCAUUGAGCAGUCAAUGAGCAGGACGUCCGACUCCGCUCCCCGGAGGGGCCCAGUGAUCCCCAGCUUGGUCCUGUCUGUUCCUGGGUACCAUCAGGGGGCGUUGGACAUGCCACAAGCAGGCAGGAAAGUGGAGGAGGAGGCCAGAAGCUCCAGCUGUUCAUCUUCUGAAACACUCACCGGGAGUGUUACUGAGGACCCUGGUGACAUCUGUACUGGUGAGGGGUAUGCUGGAGCCCCAUCCACAGUCUCCAGAGGAGCAGGAGUCACAGCUGGAGGCAGAUUUGAUCCUCUGAUGAGCAGCGUGAGCACAGAGGUUUUUGAACCCUGCCCUAGUCCGUCUCCCACGAAGCUUAUGAGAGAAAGUGGACUUGCUUAUCAGGGGGAGGAUGCACAGCUGGAGGGGGUGAAGGUACAGAGGCGAGAUGCACGCACGUCCCGCGGUCCUGCAUGCACACGCGAUCUGCAUGCAGCCAGUGAAAAUGGGAAGACAAUCACAAAAACUAACACGCAUGCAGACAUCCUGGAUGUGAGCUCAGCUACUGAAAGCAUGCAUACGCAGGCCCAAGACACACAUCCCUCUCUUACUACGUUGGGGGAGUCGUAUAGUAAAUAUGCACCCAAUGAGGCAGCACACAGCUCAAUCCUGGAACAGAAAACGGAGCACGACACUGUUCAGACAAACGAGGAGACUGUGUCCUUAUCCAAGGAAAGUGUUGCAGCACUCCAACGGACUGUGUCAGUGGCUGAGGAGAACAUGUUCAUGCCAGGGACGACUGUGUCAGAACAGCAGGAGACAGUGUUAGCACCGAAAAAGACUGAAUCAGCUCUCGCGAAGACUAUCUCAAAACGUAAAAAGACAACAACUGUAUCUGAAAAGUCAGAGACAGCUCAUGAGAAGACAGAGUCAAAACGUAAAAAGACUGUAUCAGUACCUGAAAACACAAUAGCAGAGGAACCUGUGCCAGCUGCUGAAAAAGCUGUAACGGUAGACCAUGAGUCUGUUAAGGCACCAAUGGAGACUUUGCCAGUAUGCAAAGAGCCUGCCCCUCUAAUUCAAAAGACUGUUUUACCAACAAAAGAAAUUUUGUCAGUACAAAAAGACUCUGCGUCAGUACCUGAGGAGACUCAGACAUUUGACAGUGCAACCGUACCAAUAACUAAAAAGACUGUCAAAGAAAGAAAAGAGACUGUGCCAACAGCUAAGCAGACUAAAAAAGUUAUUGAUGGAACUGUGAAAUCUCCUGAAAAGAAAGUGUCAGAAGAGCAGGAGCCUGCAAAGACUGUGAGGGUGGAGGAGGAGACUGCAGAGACACAAAAAGAGACUGUCGCAGUAUUUAAGGCAACUGUCCCAGGGCUUCAGAAGACUGCAGUAGAAACAACAGCCACAUUGUCAGGACAGGAAACUACGUCAAUAUCAAAAACGAUUAUUCCAGUUCACGAGAAGACUGUGCCAGAAGAGCAGAAGACUGUUAAGGCAGCUAAGGAGACUCUGCCAAUUGAAAAAGCGACCCAGGAAACACCUAAAAAGAUUGAAAAAGAAAGGAAAAAGAAGGAGACAUCAAUCCAGGAGAAGGUUGUGUCAGCACCUGGAAAGACUGUUUCAGAAAAGAAAGAGACUGUGUCAAUGCCUAAAGAGCCGGAAACAGCUCCUGAUGAAACUGUGCCAUCUCCUGAAAAGAUUGUGACAAUACAGCAGGAGUCUCUUGAGACACCCAAGCAGUCUUUGCCAGUAUCUAAGGAGACAGUCCGAAUGCUUCAGAAGACUGAAUUAAAAACAACAGCUACAUUGUCAGCACAGGAGGAGCCUGCAUCCGCACCAAAAAAUAUUAUUCCAGUUCCUGAGAAGACUGUGCCAGAAGAGCAGAAGAUUGCAAAGACAUCUAAGGAGACCUUGCCAGUUGACAAGGCAACACAGGAAACACCUAAAAAGAUGGAAACAGAAAGGAAAAAGACAGAGACGAAAUCAAAGAAGACCGAAUCUAUCACUGUGACAACUGAGGCAUCUCCUGAAAAGACUGUGUCAGAAGAGCAGGAGGCUGUGAAGAAACCAAAGGAGACGUCAAUCCAGGAAAAGGUUGUGUCAGCACCAGAAAAAACUGUUUCAGGAAGGAAAGAAAUUGUGUCUAUACGAACAAAGGCUAUAACAGUUCCUGAGGGAACUGUGCCAUCUCCUGCAAAGACUGUGAGGGUGGAACAGGAGACUGCAGAGACACAUAAAGAGACUGUUGCAUUAGUUAAGGAGACUGUCCCAGGGCUUCAGAAGACUGCAGUAGAAACAACAGCCACAUUGUCAGGACAGGAAACUAUGUCAGUACCAAAAACGAUUAUUCCAGUUCCCGAGAAGACUGUGCCAGAAGAGCAGAAGACUGUUAAGGCAGCUAAGGAGACUCUGCCAAUUGAAAAAGCGACCCAGGAAACACCUAAAAAGAUUGAAAAAGAAAGGAAAAAGAAGGAGACAUCAAUCCAGGAGAAGGUUGUGUCAGCACCUGGAAAGACUGUUUCAGAAAAGAAAGAGACUGUGUCAAUGCCUAAAGAGCCUGAAACAGCUCCUGAUGGAACUGUGCCAUCUCCUGAAAAGAUUGUGACAAUACAGGAGUCUCUUGAGACACCCAAGCAGUCUUUGCCAGUAUCUAAGGAGACAGUCCGAAUGCUUCAGAAGACUGAAUUAAAAACAACAGCCACAUUGUCAGGACAGGAAACUAUGUCAGUACCAAAAACGAUUAUUCCAGUUCCCGAGAAGACUGUGCCAGAAGAGCAGAAGACUGUUAAGGCAGCUAAGGAGACUCUGCCAAUUGAAAAAGCGACCCAGGAAACACCUAAAAAGAUUGAAAAAGAAAGAAAAAAGAAGGAGACAUCAAUCCAGGAGAAGGUUGUGUCAGCACCUGGAAAGACUGUUUCAGGAAAGAAAGAGACUGCGUCAAUGCCUAAAGAGCCUGAAACAGCUCCUGAUGGAACUGUGCCAUCUCCUGAAAAGAUUGUGAAAAUACAGCAGGAGUCUCUUGAGACACCCAAGCAGUCUUUGCCAGUAUCUAAGGAGACAGUCCGAAUGCUUCAGAAGACUGAAUUAAAAACAACAGCUACAUUGUCAGCACAGGAGGAGCCUGCAUCAGCACCAAAAAGUAUUAUUCCAGUUCCUGAGAAAACUGUGCCAGAAGAGGAGAAGAUUGCAAAGACAUCUAAGGAGACCUUGCCAGUUGACAAGGCAACACAGGAAACACCUAAAAAGAUGGAAACAGAAAGGAAAAAGACAGAGACGAAAUCAAAGAACACCGAAUCUAUCACUGUGACAACUGAGGCAUCUCCUGAAAAGACUGUGUCAGAAGAGCAGGAGGCUGUGAAGAAACCAAAGGAGACGUCAAUCCAGGAAAAGGUUGUGUCAGCACCAGAAAAAACUGUUUCAGGAAGAAAAGAAAUUGUGUCUAUACGAACAAAGGCAAUAACAGUUCCUGAGGGAACUGUGCCAUCUCCUGCAAAGACUGUGAGGGUGGAGCAGGAGAUUGCAGAGACACAUAAAGAGACUGUUGCAGUAGUUAAGGAGACUGUCCCAGGGCUUCAGAAGACUGCAGUAGAAACAACAGCCACAUUGUCAGGACAGGAAACUAUGUCAGUACCAAAAACGAUUAUUCCAGUUCCCGAGAAGACUGUGCCAGAAGAGCAGAAGACUGUUAAGGCAGCUAAGGAGACUCUGCCAAUUGAAAAAGCGACCCAGGAAACACCUAAAAAGAUUGAAAAAGAAAGGAAAAAGAAGGAGACAUCAAUCCAGGAGAAGGUUGUGUCAGCACCUGGAAAGACUGUUUCAGAAAAGAAAGAGACUGUGUCAAUGCCUAAAGAGCUGGAAACAGCUCCUGAUGGAACUGUGCCAUCUCCUGAAAAGAUUGUGACAAUACAGCAGGAGUCUCUUGAGACACCCAAGCAGUCUUUGCCAGUAUCUAAGGAGACAGUCCGAAUGCUUCAGAAGACUGAAUUAAAAACAACAGCCACAUUGUCAGGACAGGAAACUAUGUCAGUACCAAAAACGAUUAUUCCAGUUCCCGAGAAGACUGUGCCAGAAGAGCAGAAGACUGUUAAGGCAGCUAAGGAGACUCUGCCAAUUGAAAAAGCGACCCAGGAAACACCUAAAAAGAUUGAAAAAGAAAGAAAAAAGAAGGAGACAUCAAUCCAGGAGAAGGUUGUGUCAGCACCUGGAAAGACUGUUUCAGGAAAGAAAGAGACUGCGUCAAUGCCUAAAGAGCCUGAAACAGCUCCUGAUGGAACUGUGCCAUCUCCUGAAAAGAUUGUGAAAAUACAGCAGGAGUCUCUUGAGACACCCAAGCAGUCUUUGCCAGUAUCUAAGGAGACAGUCCGAAUGCUUCAGAAGACUGAAUUAAAAACAACAGCUACAUUGUCAGCACAGGAGGAGCCUGCAUCAGCACCAAAAAGUAUUAUUCCAGUUCCUGAGAAGACUGUGCCAGAAGAGGAGAAGAUUGCAAAGACAUCUAAGGAGACCUUGCCAGUUGACAAGUCAACACAGGAAACACCUAAAAAGAUGGAAACAGAAAGGAAAAAGACAGAGACGAAAUCAAAGAACACCGAAUCUAUGACUGUGACAACUGAGGCAUCUCCUGAAAAGACUGUGUCAGAAGAGCAGGAGGCUGUGAAGAAACCAAAGGAGACGUCAAUCCAGGAAAAGGUUGUGUCAGCACCAGAAAAAACUGUUUCAGGAAGAAAAGAAAUUGUCUCUAUACGAACAAAAGCAAUAACAGUUCCUGAGGGAACUGUGCCAUCUCCUGCAAAGACUGUGAGGGUGGAGCAGGAGAUUGCAGAGACACAUAAAGAGACUGUUGCAGUAGUUAAGGAGACUGUCCCAGGGCUUCAGAAGACUGCAGUAGAAACAACAGCCACAUUGUCAGGACAGGAAACUAUGUCAGUACCAAAAACGAUUAUUCCAGUUCCCGAGAAGACUGUGCCAGAAGAGCAGAAGACUGUUAAGGCAGCUAAGGAGACUCUGCCAAUUGAAAAAGCGACCCAGGAAACACCUAAAAAGAUUGAAAAAGAAAGGAAAAAGAAGGAGACAUCAAUCCAGGAGAAGGUUGUGUCAGCACCUGGAAAGACUGUUUCAGAAAAGAAAGAGACUGUGUCAAUGCCUAAAGAGCCGGAAACAGCUCCUGAUGGAACUGUGCCAUCUCCUGAAAAGAUUGUGACAAUACAGCAGGAGUCUCUUGAGACACCCAAGCAGUCUUUGCCAGUAUCUAAGGAGACAGUCCGAAUGCUUCAGAAGACUGAAUUAAAAACAACAGCCACAUUGUCAGGACAGGAAACUAUGUCAGUACCAAAAACGAUUAUUCCAGUUCCCGAGAAGACUGUGCCAGAAGAGCAGAAGACUGUUAAGGCAGCUAAGGAGACUCUGCCAAUUGAAAAAGCGACCCAGGAAACACCUAAAAAGAUUGAAAAAGAAAGGAAAAAGAAGGAGACAUCAAUCCAGGAGAAGGUUGUGUCAGCACCUGGAAAGAUUGUUUCAGAAAAGAAAGAGACUGUGUCAAUGCCUAAAGAGCCGGAAACAGCUCCUGAUGGAACUGUGCCAUCUCCUGAAAAGAUUGUGACAAUACAGCAGGAGUCUCUUGAGACACCCAAGCAGUCUUUGCCAGUAUCUAAGGAGACAGUCCGAAUGCUUCAGAAGACUGAAUUAAAAACAACAGCUACAUUGUCAGCACAGGAGGAGCCUGCAUCCGCACCAAAAAAUAUUAUUCCAGUUCCUGAGAAGACUGUGCCAGAAGAGCAGAAGAUUGCAAAGACAUCUAAGGAGACCUUGCCAGUUGACAAGGCAACACAGGAAACACCUAAAAAGAUGGAAACAGAAAGGAAAAAGAAAGAGACAAAAUCAAAGAAGACCGAAUCUAUCACUGUGACAACUGAGGCAUCUCCUGAAAAGACUGUGUCAGAAGAGCAGGAGGCUGUGAAGAAACCAAAGGAGACGUCAAUCCAGGAAAAGGUUGUGUCAGCACCAGAAAAAACUGUUUCAGGAAGGAAAGAAAUUGUGUCUAUACGAACAAAGGCUAUAACAGUUCCUGAGGGAACUGUGCCAUCUCCUGCAAAGACUGUGAGGGUGGAACAGGAGACUGCAGAGACACAUAAAGAGACUGUUGCAUUAGUUAAGGAGACUGUCCCAGGGCUUCAGAAGACUGCAGUAGAAACAACAGCCACAUUGUCAGGACAGGAAACUACGUCAGUACCAAAAACGAUUAUUCCAGUUCAUGAGAAGACUGUGCCAGAAGAGCAGAAGACUGUUAAGGCAGCUAAGGAGACUCUGCCAAUUGAAAAAGCGACCCAGGAAACACCUAAAAAGAUUGAAAAAGAAAGGAAAAAGAAGGAGACAUCAAUCCAGGAGAAGGUUGUGUCAGCACCUGGAAAGACUGUUUCAGAAAAGAAAGAGACUGUGUCAAUGCCUAAAGAGCCGGAAACAGCUCCUGAUGGAACUGUGCCAUCUCCUGAAAAGAUUGUGACAAUACAGCAGGAGUCUCUUGAGACACCCAAGCAGUCUUUGCCAGUAUCUAAGGAGACAGUCCGAAUGCUUCAGAAGACUGAAUUAAAAACAACAACCACAUUGUCAGGACAGGAAACUAUGUCAGUACCAAAAACGAUUAUUCCAGUUCCCGAGAAGACUGUGCCAGAAGAGCAGAAGACUGUUAAGGCAGCUAAGGAGACUCUGCCAAUUGAAAAAGCGACCCAGGAAACACCUAAAAAGAUUGAAAAAGAAAGGAAAAAGAAGGAGACAUCAAUCCAGGAGAAGGUUGUGUCAGCACCUGGAAAGACUGUUUCAGAAAAGAAAGAGACUGUGUCAAUGCCUAAAGAGCCUGAAACAGCUCCUGAUGGAACUGUGCCAUCUCCUGAAAAGAUUGUGACAAUACAGCAGGAGUCUCUUGAGACACCCAAGCAGUCUUUGCCAGUAUCUAAGGAGACAGUCCGAAUGCUUCAGAAGACUGAAUUAAAAACAACAGCUACAUUGUCAGCACAGGAGGAGCCUGCAUCCGCACCAAAAAAUAUUAUUCCAGUUCCUGAGAAGACUGUGCCAGAAGAGCAGAAGAUUGCAAAGACAUCUAAGGAGACCUUGCCACUUGACAAGGCAACACAGGAAACACCUAAAAAGAUGGAAACAGAAAGGAAAAAGACAGAGACGAAAUCAAAGAAGACCGAAUCUAUCACUGUGACAACUGAGGCAUCUCCUGAAAAGACUGUGUCAGAAGAGCAGGAGGUUGUGAAGAAACCAAAGGAGACGUCAAUCCAGGAAAAGGUUGUGUCAGCACCAGAAAAAACUGUUUUAGGAAGGAAAGAAAUUGUGUCUAUACGAACAAAGGCUAUAACAGUUCCUGAGGGAACUGUGCCAUCUCCUGCAAAGACUGUGAGGGUGGAAAAGGAGACUGCAGAGACACAUAAAGAGACUGUUGCAUUAGUUAAGGAGACUGUCCCAGGGCUUCAGAAGACUGCAGUAGAAACAACAGCCACAUUGUCAGGACAGGAAACUACGUCAGUACCAAAAACGAUUAUUCCAGUUCACAAGAAGACUGUGCCAGAAGAGCAGAAGACUGUUAAGGCAGCUAAGGAGACUCUGCCAAUUGAAAAAGCGACCCAGGAAACACCUAAAAAGAUUGAAAAAGAAAGGAAAAAGAAGGAGACAUCAAUCCAGGAGAAGGUUGUGUCAGUACCUGGAAAGACUGUUUCAGAAAAGAAAGAGACUGUGUCAAUGCCUAAAGAGCCAGAAACAGCUCCUGAUGGAACUGUGCCAUCUCCUGAAAAGAUUGUGACAAUACAGCAGGAGUCUCUUGAGACACCCAAGCAGUCUUUGCCAGUAUCUAAGCAGACAGUCCGAAUGCUUCAGAAGACUGAAUUAAAAACAACAGCCACAUUGUCAGCACAGGAGGAGCCUGCAUCAGCACCAAAAAGUAUUAUUCCAGUUCCUGAGAAGACUGUGCCAGAAGAGGAGAAGAUUGCAAAGACAUCUAAGGAGACCUUGCCAGUUGACAAGGCAACACAGGAAACACCUAAAAAGAUGGAAACAGAAAGGAAAAAGACAGAGACGAAAUCAAAGAAGACCGAAUCUAUCACUGUGACAACUGAGGCAUCUCCUGAAAAGACUGUGUCAGAAGAGCAGGAGGCUGUGAAGAAACCAAAGGAGACGUCAAUCCAGGAAAAGGUUGUGUCAGAACCAGAAAAAACUGUUUCAGGAAGGAAAGAAAUUGUGUCUAUACGAACAAAGGCUAUAACAGUUCCUGAGGGAACUGUGCCAUCUCCUGCAAAGACUGUGAGGGUGGAGCAGGAGACUGCAGAGACACAUAAAGAGACUGUUGCAGUAGUUAAGGAGACUGUCCCAGGGCUUCAGAAGACUGCAGUAGAAACAACAGCCACAUUGUCAGGACAGGAAACUACGUCAGUACCAAAAACGAUUAUUCCAGUUCACGAGAAGACUGUGCCAGAAGAGCAGAAGACUGUUAAGGCAGCUAAGGAGACUCUGCCAAUUGAAAAAGCGACCCAGGAAACACCUAAAAAGAUUGAAAAAGAAAGGAAAAAGAAGGAGACAUCAAUCCAGGAGAAGGUUGUGUCAGCACCUGGAAAGACUGUUUCAGAAAAGAAAGAGAUUGUGUCAAUGCCUAAAGAGCCGGAAACAGCUCCUGAUGGAACUGUGCCAUCUCCUGAAAAGAUUGUGACAAUACAGCAGGAGUCUCUUGAGACACCCAAGCAGUCUUUGCCAGUAUCUAAGGAGACAGUCCGAAUGCUUCAGAAGACUGAAUUAAAAACAACAGCUACAUUGUCAGCACAGGAGGAGCCUGCAUCAGCACCAAAAAGUAUUAUUCCAGUUCCUGAGAAGACUGUGCCAGAAGAGGAGAAGAUUGCAAAGACAUCUAAGGAGACCUUGCCAGUUGACAAGGCAACACAGGAAACACCUAAAAAGAUGGAAACAGAAAGGAAAAAGACAGAGACGAAAUCAAAGAAGACCGAAUCUACCACUGUGACAACUGAGGCAUCUCCUGAAAAGACUGUGUCAGAAGAGCAGGAGGCUGUGAAGAAACCAAAGGAGACGUCAAUCCAGGAAAAGGUUGUGUCAGCACCAGAAAAAACUGUUUCAGGAAGGAAAGAAAUUGUGUCUAUACGAACAAAGGCUAUAACAGUUCCUGAGGGAACUGUGCCAUCUCCUGCAAAGACUGUGAGGGUGGAGCAGGAGACUGCAGAGACACAUAAAGACACUGUUGCAGUAGUUAAGGAGACUGUCCCUGGGCUUCAGAAGACUGCAGUAGAAACAACAGCCACAUUGUCAGGACAGGAAACUACGUCAGUACCAAAAACGAUUAUUCCAGUUCACGAGAAGACUGUGCCAGAAGAGCAGAAGACUGUUAAGGCAGCUAAGGAGACUCUGCCAAUUGAAAAAGCGACCCAGGAUGCACCUAAAAAGAUUGAAAAAGAAAGUAAAAAGAUGGAGACAAAACCUAAGAAGACUGAAUCUUUUCCUGAGAUGCCUGUGUCAUCUCCUGUGUCACGAGAGCAAGGGGCUAUGGAGAAACCAAAGGAGACAUCAAUCCAAGAGAAGGUUGUGCCAGCACCUAGAAAGACUGUUUCAGAAAAGAAAGAGACUGUGUCAACACAUAAGGUGCCAGAAACAGCUCCUGGGGAAACUGUGCCAACUCCUAUAAAGACUAUCUCAGUGGAGCAUGAUACAAACAAGGAUUUAUUGUCACUUCAGGAUGAACCUGUGCCAAAAACUAAAACGUCUGUGUCAGUACCUGAAGAGACUGUGUCGGGACAGCAGGAUUCCGUGAAGGCACAUAAGGAUGCUGGGUCUUUAUCACCGACAACUGUUCCAGAAAUUCAAAAGACUGCAUCUGUUUUUGAGAAAGCUAAGUUUGCAAUGCAUGAGACUUUUUCGGCACUGAAAAGAAGUAUGUCAGAACCUAAAAAGGCUGUGUCAGAACCUGAAAAAACUAUUUCAACUCCUGAGAGGACAGUAUCAAUACAGCAAAUAAUUGCUGAGACACCCAAGACAUCCCUGUCCUCAUCAACUGAGACAGUUCCAGCACUUGAGAAGACUGUAUUACAAACUGACGUUCAGAAGGAGAGACCUAAAAAGAUUGCUUCAGAAACUGGAAGCACAAUGGUAGUACCUGAAGAGACAUCAAUAACUGAGGAAACGGUGUCAGCUCUUGAAACGACUAUAACAGCAGAGCAGGUGACUGUUAAGACACCUACAAAAACUUUGGUAGUAUCUAAGGAGCCUGUGCCACUACUUCAGAAGAUGGUAGUAGAAACAAGAAACACAUUAUCAGAAACGAAGGAAACUGUGUCAGCACCUAAAACUACUGUUUCACUGCCCAAAGAGACCGUGUCAGCUCCUGAGAAAUCUGUGCAAGAAAAGCAUAAAGCUUCUAAGACAACUAAGGAGACUUUACCAGAUGGCAGAGCAACUCAGGAAACACAUAGAAAGAUUGAAAAAGAAAGAAAAAAGACAGAGACAAAAUCAAAGAAGACUGAAUAUAUUCCUGUGCCAACUGGGGCAUCUCCUGAAAAGACUGUGUCAGAAGAGCAGGAGGCUGUGAAGAAACCAAAGGAGACGUCAAUCCAGGAAAAGGUUGUGUCAGCACCAGAAAAAACUGUUUCAGGAAGGAAAGAAAUUGUGUCUAUACGAACAAAGGCUAUAACAGUUCCUGAGGGAACUGUGCCAUCUCCUGCAAAGACUGUGAGGGUGGAACAGGAGACUGCAGAGACACAUAAAGAGACUGUUGCAUUAGUUAAGGAGACUGUCCCAGGGCUUCAGAAGACUGCAGUAGAAACAACAGCCACAUUGUCAGGACAGGAAACUAUGUCAGUACCAAAAACGAUUAUUCCAGUUCCCGAGAAGACUGUGCCAGAAGAGCAGAAGACUGUUAAGGCAGCUAAGGAGACUCUGCCAAUUGAAAAAGCGACCCAGGAAACACCUAAAAAGAUUGAAAAAGAAAGGAAAAAGAAGGAGACAUCAAUCCAGGAGAAGGUUGUGUCAGCACCUGGAAAGACUGUUUCAGAAAAGAAAGAGACUGUGUCAAUGCCUAAAGAGCCGGAAACAGCUCCUGAUGAAACUGUGCCAUCUCCUGAAAAGAUUGUGACAAUACAGCAGGAGUCUCUUGAGACACCCAAGCAGUCUUUGCCAGUAUCUAAGGAGACAGUCCGAAUGCUUCAGAAGACUGAAUUAAAAACAACAGCUACAUUGUCAGCACAGGAGGAGCCUGCAUCCGCACCAAAAAAUAUUAUUCCAGUUCCUGAGAAGACUGUGCCAGAAGAGCAGAAGAUUGCAAAGACAUCUAAGGAGACCUUGCCAGUUGACAAGGCAACACAGGAAACACCUAAAAAGAUGGAAACAGAAAGGAAAAAGACAGAGACAAAAUCAAAGAAGACCGAAUCUAUCACUGUGACAACUGAGGCAUCUCCUGAAAAGACUGUGUCAGAAGAGCAGGAGGCUGUGAAGAAACCAAAGGAGACGUCAAUCCAGGAAAAGGUUGUGUCAGCACCAGAAAAAACUGUUUCAGGAAGGAAAGAAAUUGUGUCUAUACGAACAAAGGCUAUAACAGUUCCUGAGGGAACUGUGCCAUCUCCUGCAAAGACUGUGAGGGUGGAGCAGGAGACUGCAGAGACACAUAAAGAGACUGUUGCAGUAAUUAAGGAGACUGUCCCAGGGCUUCAGAAGACUGCAGUAGAAACAACAGCCACAUUGUCAGGACAGGAAACUACGUCAGUACCAAAAACGAUUAUUCCAGUUCACGAGAAGACUGUGCCAGAAGAGCAGAAGACUGUUAAGGUAGCUAAGGAGACUCUGCCAAUUGAAAAAGCGAUCCAGGAAACACCUAAAAAGAUUGAAAAAGAAAGGAAAAAGAAGGAGACAUCAAUCCAGGAGAAGGUUGUGUCAGCACCUGGAAAGACUGUUUCAGAAAAGAAAGAGACUGUGUCAAUGCCUAAAGAGCCGGAAACAGCUCCUGAUGGAACUGUCCCAUCUCCUGAAAAGAUUGUGACAAUACAGCAGGAGUCUCUUGAGACACCCAAGCAGUCUUUGCCAGUAUCUAAGGAGACAGUCCGAAUGCUUCAGAAGACUGAAUUAAAAACAACAGCUACAUUGUCAGCACAGGAGAAGCCUGCAUCAGCACCAAAAAGUAUUAUUCCAGUUCCUGAGAAGACUGUGCCAGAAGAGGAGAAGAUUGCAAAGACAUCUAAGGAGACCUUGCCAGUUGACAAGGCAACACAGGAAACACCUAAAAAGAUGGAAACAGAAAGGAAAAAGACAGAGACGAAAUCAAAGAAGACCGAAUCUAUCACUGUGACAACUGAGGCAUCUCCUGAAAAGACUGUGUCAGAAGAGCAGGAGGCUGUGAAGAAACCAAAGGAGACGUCAAAUCAGGAAAAGGUUGUGUCAGCACCAGAAAAAACUGUUUCAGGAAGGAAAGAAAUUGUGUCUAUACGAACAAAGGCUGAAACAGUUCCUGAGGGAACAGUGCCAUCUCCUGCAAAGACUAUGAGGGUGGAGGAGGAGACUGCAGAGACACAUAAAGAGACUGUUGCAGUAGUUAAGGAGACUGUCCCAGGGCUUCUGAAGACUGCAGUAGAAACAACAGCCACAUUUUCAGGACAGGAAACUACGUCAGUACCAAAAACGAUUAUUCCAGUUCACGAGAAGACUGUGCCAGAAGAGCAGAAGACUGUUAAGGCAGCUAAGGAGACUCUGCCAAUUGAAAAAGCGAUCCAGGAAACACCUAAAAAGAUUGAAAAAGAAAGGAAAAAGAAGGAGACAUCAAUCCAGGAGAAGGUUGUGUCAGCACCUGGAAAGACUGUUUCAGAAAAGAAAGAGACUGUGUCAAUGCCUAAAGAGCCGGAAACAGCUCCUGAUGGAACUGUCCCAUCUCCUGAAAAGAUUGUGACAAUACAGCAGGAGUCUCUUGAGACACCCAAGCAGUCUUUGCCAGUAUCUAAGGAGACAGUCCGAAUGCUUCAGAAGACUGAAUUAAAAACAACAGCUACAUUGUCAGCACAGGAGGAGCCUGCAUCAGCACCAAAAAGUAUUAUUCCAGUUCCUGAGAAGACUGUGCCAGAAGAGGAGAAGAUUGCAAAGACAUCUAAGGAGACCUUGCCAGUUGACAAGGCAACACAGGAAACACCUAAAAAGAUGGAAACAGAAAGGAAAAAGACAGAGACGAAAUCAAAGAACACCGAAUCUAUCACUGUGACAACUGAGGCAUCUCCUGAAAAGACUGUGUCAGAAGAGCAGGAGGCUGUGAAGAAACCAAAGGAGACGUCAAUCCAGGAAAAGGUUGUGUCAGCACCAGAAAAAACUGUUUUAGGAAGGAAAGAAAUUGUGUCUAUACGAACAAAGGCUGAAACAGUUCCUGAUGGAACUGUGCCAUCUCCUGCAAAGACUGUGAGGGUGGAGGAGGAGACUGCAGAGACACAUAAAGAGACUGUUGCAGUAGUUAAGGAGACUGUCCCAGGGCUUCAGAAGACUGCAGUAGAAACAACAGCCACAUUGUCAGGACAGGAAACUACGUCAGUACCAAAAACGAUUAUUCCAGUUCACGAGAAGACUGUGCCAGAAGAGCAGAAGACUGUUGAGGCAGCUAAGGAGACUCUGCCAAUUGAAAAAGCGACCCAGGAUGCACCUAAAAAGAUUGAAAAAGAAAGUAAAAAGAUGGAGACAAAACCUAAGAAGACUGAAUCUUUUCCUGAGAUGCCUGUGUCAUCUCCUGUGUCACGAGAGCAAGGGGCUAUGGAGAAACCAAAGGAGACAUCAAUCCAAGAGAAGGUUGUGUCAGCACCUAGAAAGACUGUUUCAGAAAAGAAAGAGACUGUGUCAACACAUAAGGUGCCAGAAACAGCUCCUGGGGAAACUGUGCCAACUCCUAUAAAGACUAUCUCAGUGGAGCAUGAUACAAACAAGGAUUUAUUGUCACUUCAGGAUGAACCUGUGCCAAAAACUAAAACGUCUGUGUCAGUACCUGAAGAGACUGUGUCGGGACAGCAGGAUUCCGUGAAGGCACAUAAGGAUGCUGGGUCUUUAUCACCGACAACUGUUCCAGAAAUUCAAAAGACUGCAUCUGUUUUUGAGAAAGCUAAGUUUGCAAUGCAUGAGACUUUUUCGGCACUGAAAAGAAGUAUGUCAGAACCUAAAAAGGCUGUGUCAGAACCUGAAAAAACUAUUUCAACUCCUGAGAGGACAGUAUCAAUACAGCAAAUAAUUGCUGAGACACCCAAGACAUCCCUGUCCUCAUCAACUGAGACAGUUCCAGCACUUGAGAAGACUGUAUUACAAACUGACGUUCAGAAGGAGAGACCUAAAAAGAUUGCUUCAGAAACUGGAAGCACAAUGGUAGUACCUGAAGAGACAUCAAUAACUGAGGAAACGGUGUCAGCUCUUGAAACGACUAUAACAGCAGAGCAGGUGACUGUUAAGACACCUACAAAGACUUUGGUAGUAUCUAAGGAGCCUGUGCCACUACUUCAGAAGAUGGUAGUAGAAACAAGAAACACAUUAUCAGAAACGAAGGCAAUUGUGUCAGCACCUAAAACUACUGUUUCACUGCCCAAAGAGACCGUGUCAGCUCCUGAGAAAUCUGUGCAAGAAAAGCAUAAAGCUUCUAAGACAACUAAGGAGACUUUACCAGAUGACAGAGCAACUCAGGAAACACAUAGAAAUAUUGAAAAAGAAAGAAAAAAGACAGAGACAAAAUCAAAGAAGACUGAAUAUAUUCCUGUGCCAACUGGGGCAUCUCCUGAAAAGACUAUGUCAGAAGAGCAGGAGGCUGUGAAGAAACCAAAGGAGACAUCAAUACAGGAAAAGGUUCUGUCAGCACCUGAAAAGACAGUUUCAGGAAGGAAAGAGAUUGUGUCAAUACGAACAAAAACUGAAACAGUUCUUGAGGGAACUGUGCCAUCUCCUGGAAAGACUGUGAAGGUGGAGGAGGAGACUGCAGAGACACAUAAAGAGACUGUUGCAGUAUUUAAGGAGACUGUCCCAGGGCUUCAGAAGACUGCAGUAGAAACAACAGCCACAUUGUCCGGACAGGAAACUACGUCAGUACCAAAAACGAUUAUUCCAGUUCAUGAGAAGACUGUGCGAGAAGAGCAGAAGACUGUUAAGGCAGGUAAGGAGACUUUGCCAAUUGAAAAAGCGAACCAGGAAACACCUAAAAAGAUUGAAAAAGAAAGGAAAAAGAAGGAGACAUCAAUCCAGGAGAAGGUUGUGUCAGCACCUGGAAAGACUGUUUCAGAAAAGAAAGAGACUGUGUCAAUGCCUAAAGAGCCUGAAACAGCUCCUGGUGGAACUGUGCCAUCUCCUGAAAAGAUUGUGACAAUACAGCAGGAGUUUCUUGAGACACCCAAGCAGUCUUCGCCAGUAUCUAAGGAGACAUUCCAAAUGCUUCAGAAGACUGAAUUAAAAACAACAGCUACAUUGUCAGCACAGGACAAGCCUGCAUCCGCACCAAAAAAUAUUAUUCCAGUUCCUGAGAAGGCUGUGCCAGAAGAGGAGAAGAUUGCAAAGACAUCUAAGGAGACCUUGCCAGUUGACAAGGCAACACAGGAAACACCUAAAAAGAUGGAAACAGAAAGGAAAAAGACAGAGACAAAAUCAAAGAAGACCGAAUCUAUCCCCGUGACAACUGGGACAUCUCCUGAAAAGACUGUGUCAGAAGAGCAGGAGGCUGUGAAGAAACCAAAGGAGACGUCAAUCCAGGAAAAGGUUGUGUCAGCACCAGAAAAAACUGUUUCAGGAAAGAAAGAAAUUGUGUCUAUACGAACAAAGGCUGAAACAGUUCCUGAGGGAACUGUGCCAUCUCCUGCAAAGACUGUGACGGUGGAGCAGGAGACUGCAGAGACACAUAAAGAGACUGUUGCAGUAGUUAAGGAGACUGUCCCAGGGCUUCAGAAGACUGCAGUAGAAACAACAGCCACAUUGUCAGGACAGGAAACUACGUCAGUACCAAAAACGAUUAUUCCAGUUCACAAGAAGACUGUGCCAGAAGAGCAGAAGACUGUUAAGGCAGGUAAGGAGACUUUGCCAAUUGAAAAAGCGACCCAGGAAACACCUAAAAAGAUUGAAAAAGAAAGGAAAAAGAAGGAGACAUCAAUCCAGGAGAAGGUUGUGUCAGCACCUGGAAAGACUGUUUCAGAAAAGAAAGAGACUGUGUCAAUGCCUAAAGAGCCUGAAACAGCUCCUGGUGGAACUGUGCCAUCUCCUGAAAAGAUUGUGACAAUACAGCAGGAGUUUCUUGAGACACCCAAGCAGUCUUCGCCAGUAUCUAAGGAGACAUUCCAAAUGCUUCAGAAGACUGAAUUAAAAACAACAGCUACAUUGUCAGCACAGGACAAGCCUGCAUCCGCACCAAAAAAUAUUAUUCCAGUUCCUGAGAAGGCUGUGCCAGAAGAGGAGAAGAUUGCAAAGACAUCUAAGGAGACCUUGCCAGUUGACAAGGCAACACAGGAAACACCUAAAAAGAUGGAAACAGAAAGGAAAAAGACAGAGACAAAAUCAAAGAAGACCGAAUCUAUCCCCGUGACAACUGGGACAUCUCCUGAAAAGACUGUGUCAGAAGAGCAGGAGGCUGUGAAGAAACCAAAGGAGACGUCAAUCCAGGAAAAGGUUGUGUCAGCACCAGAAAAAACUGUUUCAGGAAAGAAAGAAAUUGUGUCUAUACGAACAAAGGCUGAAACAGUUCCUGAGGGAACUGUGCCAUCUCCUGCAAAGACUGUGACGGUGGAGCAGGAGACUGCAGAGACACAUAAAGAGACUGUUGCAGUAGUUAAGGAGACUGUCCCAGGGCUUCAGAAGACUGCAGUAGAAACAACAGCCACAUUGUCAGGACAGGAAACUACGUCAGUACCAAAAACGAUUAUUCCAGUUCACAAGAAGACUGUGCCAGAAGAGCAGAAGACUGUUAAGGCAGCUAAUGAGACUCUGCCAAUUGAAAAAGCGACCCAGGAAACACCUAAAAAGAUUGAAAAAGAAAGCAAAAAGAAGGAGACAUCAAUCCAGGAGAAGGUUGUGUCAGCACCUGGAAAAACUGUUUCAGAAAAGAAAGAGACUGUGUCAAUGGCUAAAGAGCCUGAAACAGCUCCUGAUGGAACUGUGCCAUCUCCUGAAAAGAUUGUGACAAUACAGCAGGAGUCUCUUGAGACACCCAAGCAGUCUUCGCCAGUAUCUAAGGAGACAGUCCGUAUGCUUCAGAAGACUGAAAUAAAAACAACAGCUACAUUGUCAGCACAGGAGGAGCCUGCAUCCGCACCAAAAAAUAUUAUUCUAGUUCCUGAGAAGACUGUGCCAGAAGAGGAGAAGAUUGCAAAGACAUCUAAGGAGACCUUGCCAGGAAGACUGCCAUCUUCUGAAAAGACUGUGACCAUAGAGCAGGAGUCUGCUGAGCCACCAAAGGCGACUUUGCUAGUAUCUAAGGAGACUGCCCCAGUGCUUCAGAAGACUGUAUUAGGAACAACAGACACAAUAUCAGGACAAGACAAGACUGUGUCAGCACCUAAAACAACUGUUUCAGGACCUGAGGAGAGUGUGUCUCCAACGAAAGAGACUGAAUCAGUUCCUGAGGCAAGUGUGCCAUCUCCUGAUAAGACUAUCUCAGUGGGGCCGGAGACAACCAAGGAAACCUCGUCUGUUCAGAAGGCCCUAAAGGAAGAGCAGAAGACUGUUCGGGCCCCUAGGGAGAGAGAGACAGUUGAAGAAGUACCUAUGCCAACACCUAAAAAGACUGAUUCAGAAAGCAAAGAGACUGUGUCAACACUUAAACAGACUGAAACAGUUUCUGUGGGGACUGUGCCAUCUCCUGAAGAGAUUGUGAGAGUGGAGAAGGAGACUGCUGAGACACCCAAGGAGAUUUUGCCAGUAUGUAAAGAGAAUGUCCCAACACUUCAGAAGACUGCAGUUAAAACAAAAGCCACAUUGUCAGCACAGGAGGAGCCUGCAUCAGCACCAAAAAUUGCUAUUCCAGUUCCUGAGAAGACUGUGCCAGGAGAGCGGAAGGUUGCAAAGACAUCUAAGGAGACCUUGCCAGGAAGAGUGCCAUCUCCUGAAAAGACUGUGACCAUAGAGCAGGAGUCUGCUAAGCCACCAAAGGCGACUUUGCUAGUAUCUAAGGAGACUGUCCCAGUGUUUCAGAAGACUGUAUUAGGAACAACAGACACAAUAUCAGGACAAGACAAGACUGUGUCAGCACCUAAAACAACUGUUUCAGGACCUGAGGAGAGUGUGUCUCCAACUAAAGAGACUGAAUCAGUUCCUGAGGCAAGUGUGCCAUCUCCUGAUAAGACUAUCUCAGUGGGGCCGGAGACAACCAAGGAAACCUCGUCUGUUCAGAAGGCCCUAAAAGAAGAGCAGAAGACUGUUCGGGCCCCUAGGGAGAGAGAGACAGUUGAAGAAGUACCUAUGCCAACACCUAAAAAGACUGAUUCAGAAAGCAAAGAGACUGUGUCAACACUUAAACAGACUGAAACAGUUUCUGUGGGGACUGUGCCAUCUCCUGAAGAGAUUGUGACCAUAGAGCAGGAGUCUGCUAAGCCACCAAAGGCGACUUUGCUAGUAUCUAAGGAGACUGUCCCAGUGCUUCAGAAGACUGUAUUAGGAACAACAGACACAAUAUCAGGACAAGACAAGACUGUGUCAGCACCUAAAACAACUGUUUCAGGACCUGAGGAGAGUGUGUCUCCAACUAAAGAGACUGAAUCAGUUCCUGAGGCAAGUGUGCCAUCUCCUGAUAAGACUAUCUCAGUGGGGCCGGAGACAACCAAGGAAACCUUGUCUGUUCAGAAGGCCCUAAAAGAAGAGCAGAAGACUGUUCGGGCCCCUAGGGAGAGAGAGACAGUUGAAGAAGUACCUAUGCCAACACCUAAAAAGACUGAUUCAGAAAGCAAAGAGACUGUGUCAACACUUAAACAGACUGAAACAGUUUCUGUGGGGACUGUGCCAUCUCCUGAAGAGAUUGUGAGAGUGGAGAAGGAGACUGCUGAGACACGAAGAGAGACUUUGCCAGUAUCUGUCCCAGUGAUUCAGAAGACUGCUGUAGAAAUAACAACCAUAUUUUCAGGACAAGACAAGACUGGGUCAGUACCAAAAAUGAUUCUUCCAACUGAACAAAAAAUUGUUCAGUCAACAAAGGAGACAUUGCCAAUUGGCAAGGCAACCCAGGCAGUACCAAAAAAGAUGGAAACAAAAAGGGUAAGGACAGAGACAAAAGAGCAGGAGAAAACUAAGACUGUUCCAGCACUUGAGAAGACAGAAUCUUUUCAUGAGGCAACAAAGACAUCUCCAGAUGCAUCAGAAGUGCAGGAGGUUGUGAUGAAACUGAAAGAGAUGUCAAUCCAGGAAGAGGUCGUGUCAGCACCUGUAAAGACUGUUUCAGAAAGGAAAGAGACUGUGUCAACACUUAAAAAGACUGAAACAAUUCCUGAAGGAGGUGUGCCAUCUCCUGAAAAGACAGUGACGGUUGACAAGUGGACUUUUCCAGUAUCUAAGGAGGCUGCGUCCUCCUCUAAGAAAACUGUUCCAGAAAUUCAGACGUCUGUAUCAGCUCUUGUGAGAACUGUGUCAUCAGAGCAGAUGAUUGUUCAGCCAACCAAUGAGACUGUGUCAGUACGACAGAAUGUUUUGACAGCAGUUACCGAGACUGUCAUAACACCUCUUGAUACUGUGCUCCCUCUAGAGCCUGUGGGCGUCUCACUAAAUAUUAUGUCUCUACCUACUGAUACAAUGACAGUACCUAUAGCAUCUCUGUCGGUACCUGAGCAGAUUCGAUCAUUUCCUCAGGAGGCUGUGUCAGCUCUGCAGACAACUCUGAAUGUUCCUCAAGAAACUGUUCCUGUUCCUUCGAAGACAGUGCUUGUUUGUGCUCCACACAGUAAAGCUAAAGUUGUUAAGGUCGCUUCCAGCAAAGAGACUUAUCCAACAGAGGAUCCUUCCAUCCUAUUCUGUCCAACAGAGUCCAUACAGAAUGCCCCCAUCUUUCACACACACACUUCCAUCCAAUAUUCUGCAGCCUCAACAGAAAUGACCCAGGGUUCAACUCAGCGUGUGCUGGACUUACACAGCGAGUCCCCAGAUGCUCAGAGAUCUUCUGAAGAUACAACUCGCACCUCAGGCCUGGCUCCAGGCCAGCUAGGUUCCUCUCAGGAUGCUCUCCAGUCAUGCCGAGAGAGGCCUGCCUCACUAAAAGACAAGGUGGAGGGGUCUCAACAGCACCUCACUGCCAAGCAACAUCUUUUCAACCUUCAGGCUCCAGGCCAGCUAGGUUCCUCUCAGGAUGCUCUCCAGUCAUGCCGAGAGAGGCCUGCCUCACUAAAAGACAAGUGGGAGGGGUCUCAACAGCACCUCACUGCCAAGCAACAUCUUUUAAACUGUCAGGAGUUGGGACAACAACUGGCGGAGCAGAGAGCGCUGCUGGGAGACAUCGCUGGUCACUGUGGAGGGACAAUUGCGAGCCGGACGCAUGCAGGGUCACACCCCAGGCCCAUAGAGGGCAGCGCAGCCCAAAGAGAGAGUGACCUCCUUCACAGCCAGCUGGAGGAAAAACUCAUGGCCCUGGAGGAACUUGGGAAGGGUAUUUCCCUGCAGGUGGCUCCGCAGCCACAGGUGGGGCUGCAGCUACCAGAGAGCCAGGCGUCUGCGCAGACAAGCGAAAUUCACACCACGCAUGUGCCCCCGUCUCCUGCAGGGGACACUGCCGCACAGGUAGUGCGUAGUGAGCAUGCAAAUAAACCCCGUCGUCGUGUUGCAAAGGACAAGGUGGAGAGCAGCAGGCCCUCUGGGAAGGAGGCGCAGAGGACAAGCGUGGAGCUGCUGCAGGCGUUCGGUAAACAGCUUGGGGGGCUGGUGGUGCUGAGCAUAGCGCGCCUCGCCCACAGCCAGCAGCUGCACAGCCGGGCCCACCUAGAGACCCUGCUGAACGGGCACAAGAUGUUUUUCCAGGCCCUGGGGGCCCAAGUGGCGGUGCUGGGUCACCUGCAACACCGCGUCUCGGUGGAGGAGCGGCUGCCGGUGCAGAUUGCGGGGGCGGAGCUGGAGCAGGAAGUCAGAGACCUACAGCUGCGGGCCGCAGAGGAAGGAGCCCAGCUGCAGACAACCCUGGAGGCCUGGACACAGUGGGACUUGAGCAGUAGCCAGAUGGCGGAGUUGCUGCAGCGCAUCGAGGCCCGUCUGCCCAGCAGGGGGCCGCCUGAGGAGAGGGAAAGGCAGCUUGUCAUCUACCAGGAAUUGAAAGGCGUUCUGGAGGAGAACGGACCACGGCUGUACCAGGCCCUGGACCUAGGGCGGAGGCUACAGGCCGGAGGGCGCUGUGAAGGCGUGGCCAUGGCCCUGCAGCGGCUGGAGGCCCAUUGGCUGGCUGUGCAGAAGAGGGUGGAGCAGGGGCGGGUCCGUACUGAGGAAAUGGUGGACCUGUGGAGCAGGUUCCAGAAGGAAUCGUUAGCGCUGUCUGAGUGGAUGGCUGGGGCCAGACAGCGGCUGCAGUCGUGCCGAGAGCUGACUGGUGCCCCGUCUGAGGAACUGCUGGCACGGCUCCUGGAACUGGCCAAGGAAACGGAGGCCGCGUCCCCCCUGAAGGCGACCGUGAGCCGCGCCGGAGCGCAGCUCCUGCAGCUGGAGGGCGCCGACGCCUUCGGCCUGCGGACGCAGCUGGAGCAGCUGGAGCAGCUCUGGGCGGACCUGGGGGCCUCGCAGUCGGACGCGCGGGAACAGCUGCACAAGUUGCUGAUGGAGAAGCUGACAUUGGAGGAGGUCAUGGCGGGGCUGGGUGCGUGUAUGGACAGGGUGGAUGCCAGACUGGCGGAGGUCAAGGAGGAGAUCCAACAGGCCUCUUGCACCUCCACCCUAGGCCCAAUGCUCCAGCGCUGCCAGGAAUGUAAGGUGGAGAUGGCCUCACACCAGCUUUCCCUGGACUUUACCAGCCAGGCAGUGAUCCAGACCAGCGGCCCAGAGGACGUCUGUGAGAAGCGCUAUGAGAGACUAGACCUCGCCGAGCGGCUGGGCGCUCUACGCCUGCGCUGGCUUUCCCUGAAAGGGGAGCUGGCCACCCAGACCCAUAGCGUGGAGCGGCUGCAGCAGAUCUGCGCGGACAGAGAGAGCCGGCUACAGGCGUUGCGCAGCUGGGUCGCGGGCCGGAGGCGAAGGCUGGAGGACCUGCCGAAGCCUCACGGCCUCUCCCAGGCUCAGAGGCUGGAGGAGGAGUGCAAGGACGCAGAGCAGAAACUGAAGCUGAAGUCUGCAGAGCUGAAGGACUUGAGAGACUCCUGCCGCUCUGGGGAAGGAGGCGAGGAGCAGCGGAGUUACCGCGCGUUCGUGGCUGAGACAGACACUGUUCUGCAGGACAUGACUGCCCUGAGCCAGCAGAUUUCCACGGUGGGCCCGACCUCGCUGCAGGUACUGAGGCAGUGGGAGCGGAUCGAGGGGGCGCUGGGCCAGGCAGCCCUGAGGACGGAAAAGACCAGCCACGCCCUGGAGCUCGACCGCGCGCCGCAGCUCUCGCUCCCUACCCUCCGGGGCCACGCCCGCAGGCUGCAGGUCCUCCAGGAGGAGGUGAGGGAGGACGAGGAGGCCUGGGAGGACCUUAUGAAGACCUGGGCCAGUCUGAGGACUGCUGUCAGCCUGGAGGCCGCCCAGCUGCUAACCCAGCGGCUGGAGGAGGAGAAGAAACGAAGGGUGGCGGUAAGCCAGGAAGUGACGGAGGAGCUACGGAAAGCGCAGGCUCUGAUCGAGCCGUGGGAGGCUUACGCCCGUCUAUCCGAGGACUGCCUCCUGCAGCUGCGCCGGCACCAGGACCAGCUGGGGGCGCUGUCGAGCAGCCCGCCCCGACGAGACGGCGAAGAGGAGCCGGUCCAGGCCCAGAUAGAGACCGUGAGAGAACUGCAUGCUGGUAUGGAUGGUUUGCAGAGCAGUCUGAGUGCGGUGGUGAAAGCCUCGGAUGAGCUCAUAGGACAGAUAGAGCCCCAGGCCUCCAUCUUCAUCGAAUCAGAAACCCUGAUGCUGAAAGAGGGCGUAACCCAGCUGGCCGGGGCUCUGGAAUUAAGACACAAGCAGCUACAGGGGAAGCUGGAUCUUCUUGAAGAAUUCCACAGACGCUUGGAAACUCUGGAGAAAUACCUGAAGGACUUUGAGAGCAAGCUGCAGAGCAUCCCCAGACAUGAACAGAACCUGGAGGCCCUCCAGGGGGACCUCUUCCAGCUGACCGCCCGCACUUCCGCCCUGGACUUCCUGAACCAGCUGUGCUAUGGCGUUACCCUAAGCAGCGAGGAGGCCUGCAGGCUCCAGGACCUCGAUACGCGGUGGCCGUUGGCCGCCUCUCGCACGAUGGAGAUGUGCCGUGAGCUCCAGGCAGAGGCGCUGAUGAGGCAGAGCUUUCAGGAGAAGUGCGAGACCUGGAGGUGCUUCCUGGAGGAUACAGACCAGAAACUUCCCAAGGAGGACAUCACCAGCUUCUCCUCAGACCCCCUCCCACAGCAGCUCAACUUCCAACGGAUGUUCCAAGUUCGGGCGUCCAUCGGGUGCCAGAUCCUAAAUUCGGUAAUCACGGAUGCCCUGGACAAGGGUGACGUGGAGGACAGGUUUGGCCUCAUGCAGAAGCUGGCCCAGCUGAUGGAGCAGUGGCAGGGGAUAGUGCAAAGGGCACAACAGUGGGGCGUCCUGGUGCAGGGGCUGAUGGGACAGCGUUAUGUGUACACCUGUGGCCAGAGGAUGCUGAAGAAGCUGCUGAGCGACACAGACAAACUGUUAUCUUCUUCAGGCCCCACCCACCGCAGCGUGCAUCAGCUCCACCAGUCACUAGAGGAGUUCAAGCAUGCUGAAAGGCAGUUCCAGCAGCACCGUGCCAUCUACCUGCAGACGCUGGAUGCAGGGACGGCUCUUCUCUCAGUGCAACCUCAGCUGCAGGAGGACUUGAAGAGCCUGCAGGAGGCCUGGGAGCGUGCCCAAGGCAUUGUGGGAACACAGAGGUCCCUCACGGAGGCUGUGCUUGAGGAUUGGGUGUGCUGCCAGACCAGGCUAGCCGAUAGCAGAUGCAGGCUGAAGAAACUGAAGGGCAAACUGAAUCAGCCGGUGCCAGAUCUUUGGGAGGAUCGACAGACCACAGAGCAGCUGACAAAGGAGCAUAAUGACUUGCUGGAGGAGUGGUCCAGCAGCUUGGCAGAGCUGGCCGGCAAGAGGGAGGAGCUGGCUUGCCAGAUCGCUGCCAAUGACAUGGCCCUGCUGCAGGCACCUGAGGAGGGGCUGCGCAGCCAAUGGCAGGAACUCCGCCUGAAGGUGUCCCUACGUGAGCAAGAGAUCGCCGACCGGCUUUGCGCCUGGCAUGUCUUCAACGAGAACAAAAAGUGGCUCUGUGAUUGGCUGAUGCAGUUGGAGAGCAUUGUGGCGCAAGGCACUCAUUUAGCCUCAGCGGAUAUCGCGGAGAGGCUGAACAAGGACUGCAUCGCAGUGAUGAAAUUCUUCAGUGUGAACAAGGCCGACCUGAAACUGCUUGGAGAACAACUUAGCACAGCAGGGGGCGGAGCCAAGGAGACAGAGAUCAAGAUUAUUCUGAAGGACAUGGAGGACAGGUGGCAGCAUGCGACUGACUGCAUCGUGUCAAGGGAGAAGCAGCUGCAGCAGAGGCAGGACAGGUUGUCACAGCUGCGUCAGAACGUGAGUGGCCUGCAGAUGCAGCUUUCCCGUGCUGAGGCCCAGCUGGCCACGCCCCUGCAGUACAGCACCUGUCACAAUGAAGAGAUCCAGAGGAGACUGGUAGAGCAGCAGGCCCUUGAGCGGGACCUGGAGCAGCUGUCGGAGGGAGUGGCUCUGUGCACCACGCGGGAUCCGGUCGGCGGCGGCGGCGGCGGCGGCGGCGGCGGCGGCAGUGAUGCGGAGAGCGCGCUCAGCCUGGAACGCCGCUGCAGGGACGCCCGCGCCCUGUGCACGCAGCGAAGGGACAGGAUCGAGGAGACUCGACAGCUGUGGCGCGAGUUCCAGGACAGCCACGCGCGCUUUGAGGAUUGGCUGAAGACGGCCGAGCAAAAUGUAAGCGCCAAAGAGGAUGCAGAGAAGUUUGAGGCUCUCCGGAGGGAGGUGCAGGAGCGGUUCCCUCAGCUGGAACUCUUAAACGCGCAAUACCAGCAUCUGGCCCGGGAGAACCUCACCGACGAGGCCGGCAGCCUCAAGGUCAAAGUUCAGGAGGUCAACCGCCGCUGGGACGCCCUACGGCUAAGAGAAUUGGAAGAAAGGACAGGAGAUGAAGGGGGCCCACCCAUCCAGCAGGCUGUGGCCCGCAUGCUGGCAGUGUCCCUGGGGCAGGAACACACUGGAGAAGCGGGAGGCUCUUCCUCAUUCACAGAGGAGGGGGCGGAGGCUGCAAUCCAUGACACCGUAUCAGGGAUGCCUGCGACCGAGUCCCAAGAGGAGGGUCUGGGUGCUGCACCCACACACACCAGCAUUCCAUAUACGCAGAGCUAUGAGGAAAUGUUGUCAGAGUGCAACAGGAGCGUCUUCCGCGUGAGGAGGGUCUUGCUAUUCCUCGACAACGAAGAGGAGGCUGCCGAGGACCAGGGCCUCACCGGGCUGACCGCGGCCGACACGCAGCCAGGAGUCAUCCAGCGAUUUGAGGUGGUGCAGGCCACGAGCCCCCAGGCCCGCGAACUCCAGGAUCCGCCGCCACCCAGCUCCGAUCUCCAGGACGUCACCGCCUGGCUGAGCCGGGUGAUACCGGAGCUGGAGGGGCUACAGCGGCCAGAGGCUUCGUCCAGCCUGAGCGUCCAGGACAUGGAAGCCAGCGUCAAGAGGCUAAAGGAGAUGCAGAGGACCGUUGACAGGUACAAGGGCAUGGUGAUUGCCCAAAACCUGAGUGGGCCAGAGCAGCUGCAGGGUGGGGUGGGGGCAGCGGGCGAGGCUGGCCUGCAGGACAUGGAUCAGGUCUGCGUUCUCCUGGAUCAAUGGAAGGAGAAGCUCCAUGGCGCCCUCCUGAGGUGCCAGGACUUCCACCAGACCCUGCACUCCAUGCUGCUGUGGCUGCGCAAUGCGGAGAGCAAGUGCCAUGCAGUCGAUGCCCGCAACCCCACCCUGGGGUCAGCCGCACUGCGGAAACAUGGCCGCACCCUCACGGCCUUGGAGAAGGAACUCCAGGUGCGGCUCCGGCAGGUGAGCUCCCUCCAGGAGACCUCCUCCCAGGAGACCUCCUCCCAGGAGACCUCCUCCCAGCUACUGCAGGAGGGCGGGGCCGAGGCCAGGGCGGUCGGUAAGGACAGCUGCGAGACCCAGGAGAAGCUGCGUGUCAUCAACAGCAAGUUGCAGGUGCUGCUCCGCCAGGUGGCCCGAGACCAGCAGGUGGUCCAGGAACGGCUGGAGCAGGAAGGAGAGGCAGGGGCUGCAGCAGCGACGGAAGGAGCUGCAGCAGGGACAGGAGAAUCCACCGCGGUAAACAGGAGCCCUGAGAGGCGUGACCCCUCACCCCCCCGUUCGUUCUUAGCCCGGGUGCUGCGGGCGGCCUUCCCCCUCCACCUCCUCCUCCUGCUGCUGCUGCUGCUGGCCUGCCUGAUCCCGCCCUGGGGCGACGACAACGGCUGUGCGUGGUCCAAUAACUUUGCCCGCUCCUUCUACCCCAUGCUGCGCUACAUCAAUGGGCCGCCACCUACCUGAGGCUCCUCCCACUUCUGUCCCCCACCCAUCCAUAUGACCAGGCCAAUCAGCAAGACCAAAUUCCAAAAGAGCAAGGGAGGGGACAUCAUCAGUGUACAGAAGAGGAAAGUAUUGGUAUGCCCAUCUAUAAAUGUAUUUAGGAUGUUCUGCAAAGCCGUGGAUGGAUUUAUCUUUAUUACCUUUCUCAUAAGACAAAUGUGCAGUGUCCAUCUCAUGUGUAAUAUUUUUGGCUUUUUUUUGUUGUUUUUUGUUUAUUAAUUGGAUUCUACUUCGUCAUUUUCGAGCUAAACGACCAGCAAUCAAUGUCAGCUACUCUUAACUGUACAUAAUGCAUUGGGAAUUUGGUUCAUAAUAUUUUAGUGUAUUUUUUUUGUGUAUUACUAUUAUUUUUAUCAUGUAAGCUGAAAUCUCUACAGAUGUAAUCUUUUAAUGCAAUUUGUUUAAAAUGGCAGAAAUAUUUACCAAUAAUUAAGGACAGAAGGAGAGGCAUUAUAUCCAGAGCCUUAAGUAAAUUUAAGUUGACAGUAGAGUUUUUAAGUUUUCACUUUAUACAGCAACUGUGUAUCGGGAUAUUUUUUUAUCAUUGGGAAAAUGUUGUCUUCUAAGACUGGAAAGCAUGUGGGCCCUUCUGUGUCCUCUUGUCUAUGGAACUAUCUCUAUACUGCGCAUGCCUUUGUGUGUGUACGUGUGUGUGUGUGUGUGUGUUUGGGGCCACCUGUUUCGUAUCAAAUUUAUAUGCUUUUCUGAAUGGCUUUAUUUGACCUCAUUGUUCCUUUAAGCACCUGAUACAGCCCACAGGACACAUGGGUGUGCCAACAG